CGUGCGGUAGCGGCGGCGGCAGCGGAGACCCCCCCCCAGCUCCGCGCCGCUCCGCGCUCCCCCGCCCGGCGCGGCAGCCCCCAUGGCCACCAAAAUCGACAAGGAGGCGUGCAGGGAGGCGUACAACCUCGUCAGGGACGAUGCCACCGAGGUGAACUGGGUGACUUUUAAAUACAACGGCUCUACAAUUGUCCCUGGAGACCAAGGGGUAGACUAUGAAACCUUUAAAAGGAAGUGCACAGAUGAUGUUCGAUUGUUUGGCUUUGUCCGAUUCACCACUGGUGAUGCCAUGAGCAAGCGAGUCAAGUUUGCCCUCAUCACUUGGAUUGGAGAGGAUGUCAGUGGUCUGCAGAGAGCCAAAACUGGGACCGACAAGACUUUGGUCAAAGAAGUAGUACAGAACUUUGCCAAAGAAUUUGUGAUCAGUGACCACAAAGAGCUGGAUGAAGAUUAUAUCAAGAAUGAGUUGAAGAAAGCAGGAGGGGCUAAUUAUGAUGCACAGACUGAGUAAACACACGGACCUCCUGGCACCAUCACCUGGAUCUCAAAGGGAGGGGAAAGGCACAACAAACUAAUACAACUGAGAGAUGAGGCGACUGAAAUCCCCAGCUUUCUAUGUGUGCACCUAAGAACUCCCUUUCUUUACAUACAGCAAACUUUUAUUUUCCAUUUCAUCCCAUGAAACAUCCAUGUCCUGUUUUUCUUUUUUCUCCGAUUUUUUACUCAUAACUCUGUCCAUAUUCUCGCAUCUGUGGAAUUAAGGUUUGGCUCUGCUUUUGUCCUUUUCAGCAUUGUGUUUGUAGAGGCUUGCCAUUGUGUCCUUCGUAUGCAUGCAUGUCUGUGUGUUUAAGUUGGGUUCGACCUGGUCUCUGAGGGGAGAAAGUUUUGGGGAAGUUCUGAAUAUUGGUUAUUUCAAUUUUUUUUCAAAUUUGUUCUGAUAUUCUUGGGAAUAACAUUUUUUUGCUGUUCUAGGCUCAGAUCAACUUGACUUGACUUCCCUCAAACUUUGUUUAAAUGUCCUAAGCUUAAAUAUCCAGCUGAGAUGUUAUCUAACAGCUUAAACAACAAAGCAAACAAACAAGCAAAGUCUUCAACUCUUAAUAGAUGGGAAUAAAUUUGCCUUAAACAUUGCUUGACAGUUGCUAUGCUGUGUGCUGCAUCUCUAUCCCUCCCUCUUCAAAAUAAGAUCCAACAUGAUCUGAACGUGGGGGUUUGGUUGGUUUUUUGGAGGUUUCAUGGCACAGUAAACUGAGGGGCUUAGAAAUGUCUGAAACACUUGUUCACUAUUUUCUACAUUGGUCUCUGGGUUUGUAUCUGACUUUCCUAACGGUGGGGGCUCAGGAGGUGAAACUGAAAGGCAUAGAUUUCUUUUUUAAAUGAAGUUUGCAAAAACAGCAGCCGCUGAAUCCUAGCGGCCUUCUCUGCCCAUGUGCCCCCUGGUUUUUUUUUUGCAGUUAAACACAACCUCUUCAGUUAUCUGUGGCCUUGGGGCAGUGAAGCAUUCUGCAGCUGCGGCCGAGGGAUGGAGCAGGGCAGCUCUGUCCCAGUCAGGAUGAAACAUUCAGCAGCAGAAGCCCACAAAACCCAGGCACAGUUUGUUUUGUACCAAACUGUUUAAGGGGCUUGUUUGUAUGGCUUUCUUUUUUUUUUUUCCAUCAAAGGUAAUUAUCCCCAGAAUUAUGUGUAUGGGGAAACUGUUAUACAGGGGCUUGGAAGUCAGUGCUAUAAACCCAUUACAGAAAUAAAUGUUUUUCAAGAACUGUU